UAUGCGUAGCGAAUUUGAUUACCUUUUGGAAAAACAAGAUUCUUUACUACGUGCAGUUGAUGCGUCAAAUCUAAAAUAUAAUCUUAAAGUUGCUACUGUUGAAGCGGAAGAAGCUAGUGACAAGCUAGCCGAAAAGUUUUUGGAAGGUAAGGUAAACCCAACGAAAUUUAUCGAGAACUAUAUUCAAGCCAGAACUCUCUUAACUAUUAAAUCAGUACCAUGUUCAAGUGGUCAACCUGUAGGAUAUACCGUAUUUAGUGGAUCUUAUCAAAACUCUGAUCCAGGAACGGGAACGUUACUUAUUGAAAACACUGCUAAUACUUGGAAACCGACGUGUUGUGGAGUGAUUACGGAAUGGACGAUAACAUUUACUGAUUCAGAUGACGUAAAUAUGCAAGUAUGGAGGCCUAUUGACACAACCUUGCGAAAAUACAAACUUAUAGGAUCGAAGACGUUGACUUUAUUUAAUCCAAAUACUCCGAUGGACCAUACCGAAACAUUCACGAUGAACGAUGACAAUGAGAAAUUAAUUAUUCAUGAAAAUGAUGUUGUAGGAUGGUAUUCAGUAGGAGGGCUGGCUGUUAUUGCUUAUGAAGACGAUCCCUCUCUUGGGUCAGAUUGGCUAACUUGGAGUAUUCCGUCAAACGAUCUAGGGAAAACUUUCGAAUGGGAAAUUCCGUCAUUCCCUGAUACGAGAGCUUACGGAAUUGAAUUUACAGUGGGGCAAGGUACACCGCCUACUUUGUCAAAUCUUCCAACUACAAUCACAGUCGAUGAUAAUAUAUUAGUUGGAAAAACCCUCUUUAAAGUUGAUUUCUCCAGUGUCCACUCAAAUCAUAGCUUGACUUUAAACAGUAGUAUAAACGAUAAUUUCCACGUUAGUUCAGAUGGAACAAUCAAACUUGCUAAAAGCUUGGCAGGAAAAGCCGGCACUGUCGAAAAUAUCACUAUAUCAGUUACGGACGGAUGCGAAACCACUGAAGAAUUAUUAAUCAUAAAUAUAAACUUGGGAACAACAAUCACUCCAGAGCUUCCAGCGAAAACGGUAUGCUUUGCUGGCGACUCUCGAGGAACGGCUGACGUUACACUAUAUAGCGAUGUUCCUAAUAUUCGAAAUAUGGUUGUUGCUAAAAGCAGCACUUUUACAUCGAAUUGUUGUGGUCAUAUAUCUAGUUGGACAGUAAAUCCUGCAGAAACUACUGAUGCUCAUUUCUAUGUUUGGCGACCAGUUGAAGGUGACAAGUACCUCUUAGUUGGAGCCAACAACGUCUCACUUGAUAUAAAUGCGGCUAGCGUUCUAGCAACGAGCGAGCAAAUUUUUAGCAUACCACCCGGAGAACGUAUUCAAAUACGACCCAAAGACGUUGUUGGAUGGGUAGCCGAUUCAUUUGGUACAAAUUCAGUAUAUGAAUGCGAUUUUUGUGGAUUUGGGUCAGAAAAUGGUGACUUUUUCGAAGUGGAUCUAGCAACGGAGGGAGAAGCUAUUUUAGGGCAAACUAUGGAUUUCACUAAUUAUUUGGCAGCCAGUCUCGGCUCAAACGACAAAGAUUUCUCAUUAAAAUACGAAGUUGAUCCAGGAAAUGCGCCGUCAUUCAGCAAUUUGCCUGAAACUAAAGAUAUUCCAGUUGACUCAGCAAUUGGGACUACUUUGCAUACAAUAACUUAUUCAGAUGCUGAUCCUGUUGACACUCCUGUUUUGUCCUUGUAUAGUACACUUCCGGCAAGCGAUUUCUUUGAAUUAGCAGGGAAUGGUGAUAUUAAACUAACAAAAACAAUUGAAAAUUUAAGUGGAAUUUAUACAUUACGUUUCCGGUUGACUGAUGGAUGUCACGAUGUCUAUGAAAAUCUUACACUAUCGCUAACACCCUUAACGACAACUGCAGAAACAACUACAGAAGAUAUAACAACUACAGUUGCGACUACAUCUACCGAAGCACCAACGACAACAGCCAAACAGACUACUGAAAAAACUACAACGGAACAGACGACUAAAGAAACUACUACCGAAGCGCAAACGACUUCUCAAACGACAAUUGAAGAAACAACUUCGAAGAAACUCGAGGAAACUACAACGCAAAACCUUAAAGUCACUACAACUAGUAGUGCGCAAGACACCACUACUCAAGAUUCAAGCCAAACUGCUGGAUCAACUUCUCAAACAGCUAAGGGAACUGCAUCAGCUCCUAAUGAGACUGCGAAGAAUAAUACAAAUUCAAAUGACUCUGACAAGGGAAUAUUAGAGACUACUGAAGGAUUGAUAUUAAUUGGAGUUGUUGCUGGAAUUUUAGUUGUUCUCUCUAUUAUCGGAAUUGUUACAGCAGUUAUGAUGUGCAACAUUUGGAAAAUGAAAAAGGCUUUCUCAGUUCCUCGACAAGUCGAAUCUAUAGAAAGUUCGAAUGAGGUUCAGAAUAAUUACAAGAAAACUGUCUCUGAUAGGCCUGAAACAGCUUCAUCCAACAAUAGUCGAUUAUCGAGACAAUCAAGAAGUCAUACUCAUAGUCCAAAUCUCAAUGAAAUGACUCCUCCAAAUACGCCAUCUGUUUCCAGAUCCAGUAUUGUCUCUCCAAGGAAUGUCAAUCUAACUCCAAGAAGUAAUUUGACUCCAAGAGAUGCGAAAUUCUGGUAA